GUGCCAGGGGCGACCGGAGACGACGCGCGGAGCAGGGCGGCGGCACACCCCGGCGCUGCUGGCCGCCGCCCCGCGGCGGCAGGGCGCCCGUGCUGCGGAUGGGCGCCGAGUGCCAGGCGUGGAUGGGCGUCGCCAGGAGCCACGAGGCCGUCGUCGCGGGCCUCCGCGCCACGCUCGACCAGGUCCUCCUCCGGCCGCCCACCAGCUGCGCCGCGGGCGACGGUGGUGGGGCCGAGGACGCGCGGUCGUGCUGCUUCGAGGCGCCGCGGGCGCCGGCCGCGGGCGCCGGCCGCGGGCGACGGCCCUUCGUCGCCACCGUCGUGCAGGUCCUGCGGCGGCGGCGAGGCGCGCGUGCUGCUGCUCCCGUGACGGCCGGAGGAGGACCUGGUCGAGCGUGGCGCGGAGGCCGAGGACGCGCGGUCGUGCUGCUUCGAGGCGGCGCCGCGGGCGACGGCGCUUCGUCGCCACCGUCGUGCAGGUCCUGCGGCGGCGGCGAGGCGCGCGUGCUACUGCUCCCGUGCCGGCACCUGUGCCUGUGCCGCGCGUGCGAGGCCGGCGCGGACGCGUGCCCCGUCUGCGCGGCGGCCAAGAACGCUCGCUCCUUGUCCUGGUCUCCUGAAGCCUACGGCGUCCGUUCGCCCGUCCGUGCGCAUGCCAAGAGCCCAAGACCCAAGGGGCAAUAACGUCUUUUCAUCUAAUUUAACAGUCAAUCUAACAGCUGACUCACGAAAUGGCACU